AUGACAUGUAAGGAGACCACCGAAAAAGUUGAUAAACUACUUUCUGACAUUCAAGGAUUUAUGGAGGAUUUUCACAAUUCAUCUGCAUGCAAUACUGUAUCUACAAACUCAACCAUCAACAACCUUGUUUCCAGUCUCCAAUCGGAAAAGGCAGGUCUUAUGAAGGAAGAUUUGGUUCUUGAAAACAAGAUAAUGGAUGAGCUUGCUGUCAAAACUGAGAAAGUGAAGGUUCUCUCAAUCAAGUUAUCUUCUACAAAUAAGAAAAUUGACGAAUUUAAAUCUGAGAAGGCAGUUAUCAAAAGUUGUGUUGCUACUUUGAACACAAAUUUGCAUAGUCUAAUCGAGACUGAUGAUUAUCUCCUCAACAUCUCAAUUCGUCAAUAUUUACCAGAGAAAUUGAAGCCUAUCUUCUCUAUGCUUGACAGUAUUGAAGGUGUUUUAGAAUCUUCUAUUCCAAAACAAGGGGGAGAACCUGUAAAGACUUCUGGUGCCGGUAAACCAACUGAAGGUGAGGAUGACCACGAACAAAAAGCCAAGUCCAAAGAUCCGAAGGGUAAUGUAUCUUCGGGAUCAAAAGGAAAAGAGAAACUGAUUAAUGAAGAUGAUGAGGAAGAAAAAGAGGAGAAUGAGAAAUUGAAGCAUAAAAGUCACAAUGAGGAACAUGAUGAAAAAUUGCGAGUUGCUAAAGAAGCUGAAAAAAAGAAAAGGUUGCUCGUGAAGUAG